AUGCACCUGAGCACCAGUACCGUCCGCCAGCAACCUCCCACGGUGCUUGUAGCUCUGCUCGCACUCAGCCUUCUCCCGCUGUACAUCAUCUCCUACCAAAUUCGCCUCCGCUUCCCUUUGAGCCAAAUCCCGGGUACGGAGUCUCUCGGCCUCGACAUUCCUCCUUCUCCCGUCUCCCAAGACUUCGUCACAGCUUGGCUAGCCACGGACCUUGUUCAACCCUUUGAUCCAUAUCCUCUAGCUCGCUAUUGUAACACUACCGGUCGAAGAUUCAAUCCGAAUCUUGUCUUCAACCUCGCCAACGCAAAUGGCGGACUGGGAAAUGUUCGCGGCAACAUUCUGGAUUUCAUCUUCUUCGCCAUUGAAGCAGGCGCGAGUAUUAUCCUACCGGGCUUCGCAGGCCGGGAUAGCGAGAACAUAGGGAAUGUAUGGGGAGGGCACAAGCAUUUCGGGGAGUUCUUUGAUCAAGAAUGGUUUGUGGAGACGAUGGGAAAAGUGUGUCCCGAGAUGGAGGUGUACGUCUUCGAAGAGGGAAUGAAGAUGAAGGAGGCGGUCAAUGGAGAGAGGGGAAAUUACAUGCCGAGGACGAGGAGGAUGGAUAGUGGGUUUGAGAACACGUGGAAAGCGGCUGUGGAGCAGUUGGAGGGGUGGUUGAGGGAGGUCAAAACUGACGAUGAAGCCAAGGACCAAGAGGCGGGCGGGACGACGAUGGUGAAUUUGGAGAGGACACUGUGGGAUGUGGAUACGAGGUCCUUGCCACUGGGAGUCAGGAGGAAUUUUGGGCAGAUGGUGAGGCUGAGACCGGAUGUGAGACGACUGGCAGCGGUUGCGGUGCAAAAUCUGGCGCUCAGGUUCGGACUGGACAUCGAUCCCGGGCACGCCAUUCCCAGACAUGCCUUCUACGGAGCACACUUGAGGACCGAGGCGGACGCAGGAGGCGCUGGAUGGUUGGAUGACGCGAAUGCAAACUUCUCGGCGCAGACGGAUGCAUACAUCGAACAGUCUCUGAAGCACAAGCUGAGAGUGAUGUACGUCGCCACAGGAGAUGAGUCAGAGCUUGCGCUCUUCAGGGAGAAAGCCUCGAAGCACAAACCGGCUAUCAACAUCACCUCCAAGUACGAUCUACUUCCCGCGAGGGAGGCUGCGGAAUUGAAGGGGUUGACUUGGGAUCAGCGGGCGUUGGUAGAUUACGAGGUGCUGAAGAGGAGCAGUAUCUUCGGCGGCUUCGUGAAGAGUAGCUUCAGCUACAACGUCGCGAUGGCGAGGAAUCAGUGGCUGGAGGAUCAAGCGUGGAUGGCGGAUCCGUGGUACGCUCAGCACACGGAGACUGGCGUCAGCUUUGAUGAUGGUUUGAGCAGGAUACUGGGUAGGGACGGCUGGCAUGAAGGUCGAAUUCCGAGAGGCAUGUGGCCGUAG